UCGCUCGCUUUAAAUCGAUGUGGAGAGCGUGUCGAAAAAAACGCUGCCGAACAAACGAACCUAGUUUCCGAAUCCACGAGGAUUUUGCCGCGAUUUCCUAUCUCUCGAUUCGGAUUCGACGAAACAUCGUAAAAUUUGUAACGCGAUGCGACACGCGACUCGCGGAUCUGAUUCACCGAUUUACCGUGAUAUUCAAACGAUAACAUUGCCCCCCCGAUGCGAUCCUCGCACUUUAAAGCGAAACAGACGGAUACCCGGUCGAAGGGAGGGAGAAGGAUGUCGGUGACGGAGUGCAGGUGGUGCAGCUGGGGCUGGGAGGCGGAGGGUGGGGGGGUCUGGAUCUCGGCCGCGUGUUUACAUCGUGAAGUUAUCGCGGAGCGGUGUUAUCGACGGGACGGCCGCGGGCCGCGAUAGCGGCCAUUUGCAUUCGCGGGGACGGACGACGGACCGCGGUCCGAAUGGAGAGCGUGCCGUCGCGACUGUGGAAGUGGUGAAACGCGUCCUCGGCGUGCCCGACGACCUGCCCCCCGCGUCCAUGAAGAUGGCGAGGGCGAGCAGUGACGUCUCGAGAACCGUGUGCGCGAAUACGAUUCGAGAGAACGAGAGGAAGCUGCAGGAGGCGCGAAUUAAGAAUCAGGGAAAGGGUCGAGGCAGGCAGGAUCUAAACAAACUGUUUGGCAAGCUCAAUCAAGCCGUGGAAACGAGCUCGCUGAAGUUUUCGGAUAAAUCGAGUUCGUCGUGCAACAAGAGCUUUUGUACAUCUGUCAAGGUUUCGAGAUGCUGGUACGGCCCGAUACUAGGAUUCCCGUCUGGAUCCUGGUGGGGCAUCCUCAUGGACUGCUCCAGGGACAGGAUGCACGAGCCUUUCGACGCCGACAUACACGAGGGGCCGUUCGGCGUUGUUUCCGUUUGCACCUCGCAUAGCAAUGUAAAGGAGGACGUGGAUCUUGGUGAUUAUCUGACGCUUACAGGCCAGGUGUAUCGCGAGCAUCAACCCAGUGCGGAUCCGUUCAUUCGAAACUACGAAAAUCAGAUACCGUUGAGAUUAAUAAGAAGUUACAAUCUACAAGAUGAUAUCGCGCCUAACACGGGAUACAGGUACGACGGGCUCUACGUAGUCAUAGACUGCUGGAUCGGCGCGGCUUUGGAUAGAACCAGGUACAACAAGUUUGCCUUGAUGCGUCUCAGUGAUCAGGAGCCACCCAACUGGGGCAGCAAAGGCUGGGAAAACCUGUCUUCCAUACGACGUUACAUCCCAUUGACGAAGUUGGACCAUCCAAACACAUAUGACCUGAGAAAGUGUUCGAAUAACAAUGGCGUCACCUGCCGGAAGCGAAAACUCAGUCACGGGGACAGUCGCGAGGGUCUGCCCGUCGCGUUAACGACACCGUCGAUCGACAUCAGCAGACGGUCAGCACCGGAGAGCUCCAUCGUAACGCGUCACGUCUUUAAGAAGCUACCGAAUAACGCGGAGAGCGCUGUAUCAACUUCUGUACCUGAUCAAAAGAUGUUGCUGUGCCUUGGUGCGUCGGCUACUAAAACCCACAGUACAAACAUCUCGAUACGCAUGGGCCUGUACGAGUCGUCGCACAGUUCGCAGGACGCGAAGAAGAGCGUCUCGACGAUGUUGCAGAAACCCUCGAAGCCAAUCGACAUUACCGUUCGUACGGCGUUGGACAUGGAGAGUAGUCGCUUGACCCCCAAGGAAGACGUUAAGCCUACCGAGAAGACGGAUGCGGAUAAGACGCGAGUUAAUUCUCGGCCGAAUGAAAACGUAUCCUACAACGGUCACGUUGCGACUGAUAACGCGAGCGCUUCUCCGUUCGAUAAACAUAGAGAAAACUCGGCGGUCGUAAACUCGUCGAAACAUUCGUGCUCUGUGUCUUCGUCGCUGAGCAGCCUCAAGAACGGUGCAAAUACCACGAUCGAACGUAAGGAACAACUGCAAAGUGCUCAACAAUUCCAAGACGUGCAAAAUUUGAGCGCCAACAAUAUCGUUAAUGAUUCGGCACAGAAAUCGAGUCCCGGUAACGAAUCGCCGAGGAAUUCGGUCGUGACGCAUGAAAGAAUUUCCGAAUACCAUGACUCUUCGGACACACCGAGCGAAUCGUUCUGCGCGCAAAGCAUCAAGUCCUUGGACUCGUUGACGCCGGACAAGAUCUUAAACUUGAUCAAUAAGGAGAUACACCAUCCUCUGUCCAAGUUACUGAUCGGAAACGUGAUAGGACUGACGAUCGAGGAAUGCGAGAUGUGGAACGCGUCGGAAAGGGAAACGACUCCGGAGCCCAAGACUAAGAAGCAUGCGUCGACGAGGGCAAAUCUUAGGAAGAAGCGGAAAGGAGCGGACAACAUAAAGGAGAACGUCGCGUGUUUGGACAACAGAAGGUAUUACAAAUAUUCCAGAUCCGAGCGAUUAUUUUGGAAAGUGACGAAACAAGCAGAUGGGGAAAAAUUCGACAAGUUGCUACCCGAGGUGGAUCACCAAUCCUGCAACGAUGCGGGCCUGAAACGUAAUAAUAACGUUAGGCGAAGCGAUCGGAUUGGCGUGUCCAAGGAAAACAACGAGUACUUAUCGCCGUUUCGCGUACAGACUUCGCUUCAGACUAUCGCGCAACACACUCGUAGCUCGUACGACAUAAAAACCCGUCUGAGGGCCGACAAGGGCGCGGUAUUGGCCAAGCCGGAUUUUCCUAAUUCGUCGAUCAAAAAGAAUAAGUAUAAGAAACGAGAUAGGGAAAUUGCCAACUUGACGAUAGACGCUAAUUUCGGUCCCAUUACACGCGGACCCAGAAACAGAAGAUUACGAUGCAGGACUAACGGAUACGCGAGAUGUUGCAGCACCUUCAAUACCGUAAUAUAUGCGCCUAACAAGCGAUUUAAGUCUAGUUUUGAACGAAAGAGCAAGCUCAAGGUCGGUCGUCAACGUGCCGGGGAGAGACAGACCAAGGACAAGUACAGGAUGACCAGCACCGUGCAUGCGAGCAGCAAGGAUAUCAACAAUUCAAUCGGGAAGCGAAAAAAUCUCAAAGGUAAUCCUAGUAACGAUAAUAAUGAAAAUCGCAUGCAUCACAUUAAUAACGCCGGUAACAGGAAGAAGGCGAACGAAACUGAAACGGCCGACCACAACAUCACCGAGACUUCCUUUAACAGGACCCUUCGGAAGAAGCUGACACGGACAAUCCCCCUACCGCAUCGUGCCGCUCAAACGUCGCGUUUAUCCUGCUUUCGCAAAAAACGGGACGGGAAACCCAACACGAUGGAUGCGACGACGCAGUGCAGACUCAUCUCCGAUAAUCCAGAGGUGUACGUUAUUGGACAAUUAAACGAUCAGAGAACUAUUCUGAAGAUGGAGUGGGAUAAAUUGGAGAAACUGAAAGAAACCGCGUUGGACGUGCCCGAUCAAGGCUCCCGGGUUUAUCGAGCGUCGCGAAACUGCGCCACUUCCACCCUCACGGAGGACAACGUGAGUCGCAAGAGCGACGAGGGAUACGCGGACUCUCUGCAGGAUAGAGCGUCGGCCUUUGUGCCGGUGAACGCGUUCAACAGCGAUCUACGGAUCGCGCGUCUCAGAUCGAUCGGUUUUAAGCCCAUAAUUAAGCCGCCAUCUCCGCUGCUCGCCGACGACUUGGAGAUCAUUCAGAACGCGCUCGUUACCACGAGCAAAGUAACGAAGCGCGACGUUGCCGAGGAGUAUCACAAGUACGCGAAUAACGAGGAUAACAACGCAGUUGUUUACAUGGACGACGAAUUGCAGUAUCAAGAUAUUGAGGAGGAAGAAGAGGACGAGGAGGAGGACGACGACGACGACGAAGAUGAGAAACAAUCAGCUGCGAACGCGUCGAUGAAAUCGACGUUAAGCGGUGUACAAUCGAAAACCGGUAACAUGCUGCCGGAAACGUUACCCGCGCGCGAAAACUCUGAAUCUCCUUGGCACGGCUGGAAGAAGAUAGUGACGGAUGACAGAUCGUACUGGAUCGGUUGGUAGUCGAUAGUAGAUUGUAGGAUGUCGGUGAAUACAUACAGGGAUGGUGCUUUUUCGCUUUAUUGCGAUCAGAAAAAUGAAUCGUUUUAUCCAAACGUGUACAAUAUUAUAUCUUUAUUUUUUUUGCCAAAAAUUAAAGGCUGUUAAUAACAUUCUAAAUUAUUCUUCUAACAGUAAUAUGCUAUUCGAGUUGACUAACAUAUUUGUAAGAAAAGAAGCAUCGACAGAUUAUUGUAUAAUUAAAAUUUCUAAUAUAUACAUAUACAUUAUUCUAUAUAGAGAGAAUAAUACAUAUGUA